ACACCGUGUGAAGGGGAUCUCACCAAACAGCCCUUGUAAAGGGGAGUGGAAGCAGGUGAGUGCCUGCUGCUGUCGGAAAGCUUCAGCCUACACUUCAGAGAGCAAAUCAUGAUUCUCGAUAGAGCAUGUAAUGGAUUUCUCUUGGAAUUGUUUUCUUCUGCAGUCCCUGAGUGAUCCAUAUGAACUCCUCUACUUCAAAACAAAGCAAAAAAGUAUAUGCAUGUUGAUUCUGCAUUAGGAUAAUGGCAGGAAAAGUAAAGUGGGUAACUGACAUAGAAAAAUCUGUUCUAAUAAACAACUUUGAAAAAAGAGGCUGGAUUCAAGUGGCAGAAAAUGAAGACUGGAAUUUUUAUUGGAUGAGCGUACAAACAAUCAGAAAUGUUUUCAGUGUGGAAACUGGUUACCGCCUCUCUGAUGACCAAAUUGUCAAUCAUUUCCCAAACCAUUAUGAACUGACCAGAAAAGAUCUGAUGGUAAAGAAUAUCAAGCGAUACAGGAAAGAACUUGAGAAAGAAGGAAGUCCUCUUGCAGAAAAGGAUGAAAAUGGGAAGUAUAUUUAUUUGGAUUUUGUUCCUGUUACUUUUAUGCUUCCUGCCGAUUAUAAUCUCUUUGUUGAAGAAUUCAGAAAAAAUCCCUCCAGCACUUGGAUUAUGAAACCUUGUGGCAAAGCUCAAGGAAAAGGAAUAUUUCUAAUCAAUAAACUCUCCCAAAUUAAAAAAUGGUCUCGAGAUAGCAAAACAUCUUCGUUUGUAUCUCAGUCUUCCAAAGAAGCCUAUGUGAUUUCUCUUUAUAUCAACAAUCCGUUACUUAUUGGUGGAAAGAAAUUUGAUCUUCGUCUGUAUGUUUUAGUAUCUACAUAUCGUCCACUGAGAUGUUACAUGUAUAAACUUGGAUUUUGCCGGUUUUGCACAGUAAAAUAUACACCAAGUACAAGUGAAUUGGAUAACAUGUUUGUCCAUCUUACAAAUGUUGCCAUUCAGAAACAUGGGGAUGAUUACAAUCAUAUCCAUGGAGGCAAGUGGACAGUGAGUAACUUACGCCUGUAUCUGGAGAGCACCCGUGGAAAGGAAGUCACAAACAAAUUAUUUGAUGAAAUUCACUGGAUAAUUGUGCAGUCACUGAAGGCUGUUGCGCCUGUAAUGAAUAAUGAUAAACACUGCUUUGAGUGUUAUGGAUAUGACAUUAUCAUUGAUGACAAGCUUAAACCAUGGCUAAUUGAGGUUAAUGCUUCCCCUUCUCUUACUUCCAGUACUGCUAAUGAUCGCAUUUUGAAGUAUAAUCUUAUAAAUGACACACUUAACAUUGCUGUGCCUAAUGGGGAAAUUCCGGACUGUAAAUGGAAUAAGUCUCCACCAAAAGAGGUUCUUGGCAAUUAUGAAGUCUUAUACGAUGAAGAGAUGGCACAAAGUGAUGGGCCUGAUCGUGACUUACGAAGUCGUUCUGGACAAUCAACGGGAGUAAAAGGAAAUCGUGCAAGAGAUUCAGGAAAGCCUGUGCUAACCACCUGGAAGUGAUAACAGAAAAAAACAGCUGCACUCUUGGUAGGAAGACAUCAUGAACAAAAAUGCAGUUUUUGAACAGAUUCCUCUAUUUUGCUACAUUGCAUGUGGGAAAUAUUAAAAGGGGACAAUGCAGCCUUUGAAAAGAAGUGAAACAAACACUCUAAAACCAGCAACUGUACUAGACAUACACUGACUUGAUGAUUAUUACAAUAAUAUAUGUAGUAUGUAUGUAUAUAUAAUUCUUUUAUAUAUAUAUAUAUAUAUAUAUAUAUAUACUUUGUAUAAACUAAUAUUCUCUUAGUAAUGAUUAAGAACUUUCUUUAUAAAGAUGACAACUCAAAAUAUGCAUUCUGAAAGAAACCCCUUGCUGUUCUGGAUAUAAUUUAUUUCCUAUAGUAGCUUAUCCCUAGCCCCUAUAAUAAAUGAGCUGUGGAUUUGGUAAAAGGGUGGUAGUGAUGAGUGUUAAUAUUGUCACAGUGAUGGUUCAGAUUCCUGCUAGUAAAAGAAGAGCAACUAGAAAAAAUAGUAAUACAUGGACUUGAGGCUAUUGUCAAUUAAUGCAGCUAAUGAUUUAUAACCAGUAUUAAGAAAAUGAAAAGCAACUCUUCAUAUGCUGAGGGGUUUGGUUUGGUUUAUUUCCUUUAAGUGUUUUAAGCUGCUAACUCUUUAAAGGUAGAAAGUUUCAUGGACUGAAAGAGUGUUUCAAGUGGUAUAUUGAUGCAUUAUUUCACUAGCCAUUAAUUUUUAUUUCAAGAUAAUAUAUGUCUGUGGAAAAACAGAAAAACAACUACAUACUGUAAUAUAUCUCAUUGCUUGAAGCCGAUGAUAAAUCCUUAUUUACAUCAGAAUCUCUUCAUGUAUUUAUGCAUGAAUGUAAGUACAAUAUCUAUAUAUUUUUGUAUAUUUUGUGUGCACUGUAACAAAAUUGUUGCACGUGGUAAGCUAUUUCUGGUAGCUAUGAUAACAAAAGUUGUGAUGGUUAGCUACCAAAAUGUAUAGAGCAAAAGUUAAAAAUAGGUAUUUCAGUCCUCUAACAGCAUAGCAUAUAAAUAAACUAGUGGGGUCUAUGAUUGGCUGUUGCUUCCACUUGCAUUUCCACCAGUUAUUGGGCAGUUAUUUAUAAAUGUCAAUGUGCAGUUCUGGUUGUCUUUAUUCUCCUUCCCCCUCGUCCCUUUUCCUUUUCUUUUUUUUUUUUUUGAUAGUGGAGUAUUGCAGAGAGAAAGCCGAAGGAGGCUGAGACUUGCAAAUGUCCAUGUAGAGAUAAUACGCUCUAAUCUGGAUGCCACUAGUGCAGUGACACUCAAUCUGCCUGCCACAGCAGGCUACAUGCUUUGUCCUCCUAUGUGGCAGGCCAGUAAAGUGCAUGCAAAGUAAACUUAACCUCUCCCAAAAUUUUGAGUUUCUUGAACACGUAAAACAGACUACCUGCACCACAGAAAAUGUCAGUCCUUCUCCUGCUUUUGAAGGUCCUCCUAGAAGAGGGUAGCUGCUCGCAAGCUGUGGUCUUUGGGACAGUUGGUGUUGAUAACUCUCAGUCUGAACACAAUCCAGCUAGAGCAGUUUGGGCUGGGGAGGAAGGGCAGAUGGGGGCUGGACUGACCAAUACUCUUACACAUGAUAUGGGAUUCAUCCUUGCAAUAAAGAAUGAAAUAUGUAGGCUGAAUGAGUCACUUCAAGUGUAAUCCUCAUCUUGACUGAUCUGUAUAUUCCAUUAAAAUAAAGACCAAAAUCCAACUGA